UUUUUCUGUGCAUCGAAUGAAGGAAUUGAACUUUAAAUGUCACUGUAGGAGAAUCCAGCAUGCGAGAUUUAAAGCAUAGAAGAAUUAGAAAUGAUUUGAAAUUUAAUCCAAUGUUGAAAUUCAAAUCAAGUUGGAGCUCAAAUUGGCAAUAACAAUGCAAAUUUUGAUGUGAAAAAGAAAGAGAGAGCAGCAGCAGAAACACAAUCUGUGAGAAGAAAAAGAAGAAUCAGAGACAAAAAUAACAGCAUUAAAUAAAUAUGGCAGCAUAUUGGAAAAACUUGAGGCCAUUUAAGUUCAUUUUCGGUUACCGAUUAUUUUUCGUGAUAUUAAUUUUCAUGUUGAAAUGCAGAGCGACACGGUUGGAGAGUUUAGAUGCAUUAAACAACGAUGAGACACACACAAAUAUUGAAUGUCCUGUAUCGAGUGAGAAUUCUGCAUGUCCUUGCUAUAAAUUCGAGGAUGGCCUCUUUCUCGAAUGUCCUGGCAUAACGAGUGUACUGUUGCGUAACAACCUACAAAAUAUUCAUUCACCUAUUCAAUCUCUUUCCAUAUAUGACUUCGACCGUACGGUAAUCACAUUGGGAAAUGAUUUAUUUUCAUCAUCAUCAUCAUCGUCAUCAAUGGACAUAAAGCAUUUGCAAUUUUCUAAUUCAAAUAUUCAAUCAUUAAAAGAUAGUAGUUUAAAUAGCUUAAAAGAUUCAUUAGAAAGUCUUAGUGUUGUGAAUGGAAAAUUAACACAUAAGCUAAUUGUACUCGACUUUGAAAUGAACGAGAUAUCCGAGUUAGCAGACUAUAGCUUCUACAAUCUCCAUCUAGUCAAAUUGAAUUUAAAGGGAAAUUUAUUAGAGACAUUACCGGAGCAUGCGUUCGCAGGACUAGAAGAGUCGUUAGCUGAAAUUGAUUUAUCCGAGAAUAAAUUAGAAUCAUUUCCCAUCAUUUCAUUAAUUAAAAUGGACUAUUUGCGAUCGUUACGACUGUCAGUGAACAAAAUAUCGUCAAUUCAGCAGGAUCUGGCAUUUCAACAUUUCAACUCGCUGAUAUUUCUUGACAUAAGCUCAAAUUACCUUGAAACAUUGAGCAGUGAUUACUUUCGUUACUUUCCAUUUCUAAGGACAUUGAAUCUGUACAAUAAUUAUGUGGAGAAUGUAUCCAAGACUUGUUUCUACUCGCUACGUGAACUUCAACAACUCGACAUGAGUCAUAACGAUAUAAUUGAGAUUGAUGCGCAAAUAUUUGAUAUAAAUAAGCACUUGAGAAUCGUUGAUUUAAGCCAUAAUCACAUCCAUUACAUAAAUGGUGUCUUUAUGAAUCUGCCAGCACUCGAAGAUGUCCUAUUGAGUGAAAAUAAUAUCCUCGAAUUAUCAAAUAAUUGCUUCACAAACUCAACAUCAAUUCGUGUAAUUUAUUUGGAAAACAAUUCCAUACAACGACUUGAUUUUUAUGUUUUUAAUACACUCGUCAAUUUAGAUCAGUUAUAUCUGAGCAAUAAUUACAUCAAGACCCUCCCACCAACCAUUUUUGAGUUUAAUCAUAAACUCACAUCGUUGACAUUAGAUCAUAAUUUAAUAAAGGAACUGGACGAUAAGGUCUUUAGUAGUCUCAUAAAUGUACGCGACAUUCGUCUAAAUGAUAAUCGAAUUGAACGUAUUGAUACUCGUCUAUUCUCAACAUUGAAAAAUCUCAUGGAGCUCUCAUUGCAGAAUAAUCAAAUUAAAUCCAUUGAGCCGGAAGCAUUCCGACAAUGUCAUCGUCUAAAGUAUAUCAACAUACAGAAUAAUGAUCUUGUGGAGAUAGAAAAUAUUUUCAAUACAAACUCAUCACUUGUCUCGAUACAGAUGAAUAGUAAUAUAAUUAAAUUCAUCAACCAUAAGUUAUUUAAUAAUCAGUUUAAUGUUCAAGUAUUGUGGUUGGAGAACAACAUGCUAAAGAAGCUGGACAAGACAUUAUUUACAAAUUUGCUGCACAUUGAGCGGAUGCAUUUGAAGAAUAACAGCAUUUAUCAAAUUGCUGACAAUACAUUUGAUAAAAUGGUGACAUUAAAAUAUCUAGAUUUAAGUAAGAAUGAACUAAUGGCUAUAAAUGUAAAUAUGUUUGCAAAACUCGUCAAGCUCGAGGAACUUUUUCUUGGUGACAAUUUAUUUCACAAUAUUGAGUCAAAUUCGUUUGCAAAGUUGAAAAAUUUGAGGACAUUAGACAUCUCAGAAAAUUUAUUGCAUGUACUGCAACGUGACCUCUUUCUUGAUACACUGCCAUCAUUAUACUUGCUUAAUUUACGUCAAACGAAUUUAAGUAAAAUCGAAACAAAUGCAUUUCGUGGUUUAUCAGGUCUCAACGAGCUCAAUCUCGACGGUAAUAGUCUCCAUUCGUGGGAUAUAAAACAAAUUGAUAUACCAAGUUUGCGUGUAUUGAAAAUCUCAUCAAAUAAUUUUAGUGGUUCAGCAAUAAAGGAGAAUAUGUUUGAUAAAUUACCAUCAUUACAGACAUUAAUUAUGGUCAAUUGUGGGAUAUCACAAUUGCCUGAUACACUCUUCACACGUACAACAAAUCUUGUGCGAAUUGAUCUCAGUCGUAAUCAAUUGCGUAUCAUUAAUCGUAAUCUAUUUUCACGUUUAAAUGUUUUUAAGGAGCUUAAAUUAAAUGAGAAUAUAAUUAAUGAAUUUCCUCAUAUGGCCUUGUCAAAUAUAUCAACAUUGGAGAUAUUGUCACUUUCACAUAAUACAAUCAACUUUAUUGACUUUUUUAAGCUUAACGGAUUACCAAAUUUACGUCAAUUGGAUUUAAGUUCAAAUGUUAUAACAUCAAUCAGUGGCUUUAAUACGGCACAUUUGCCACAUCUUGACAUGAUUGAUUUAAGUGGAAAUUCACUAUUCUCAUUGCCGAGUAAUUUUUUUCAACAUUCGAUUAGUCUACAACGUAUCGAUUUGUCAUAUAAUCGCUUUAUGCAAAUACCUAGUAUGGCAUUAUCAAAAAAUUCAUUGGCACGUUUAGCGUGGCUUAAUCUGACCGGUAAUCCUCUUGAAAAGAUUUAUACAGGCACAAAUAAUGAUGAAAAAUAUCCAUACUUAAUUGAGCUGCACAUACGUCUGACUAACUUAUCGAUUUUAACGAGUAAGGACUUUGAGAUGUUUCCGGCAUUACAAAUUUUAUAUUUGACUGAUAAUCAAAUUAAUCGGAUAUCGCCUGGUGCAUUUGUGACAUUGUCGAGUCUACAAAUAUUGGAUAUGAGUCGUAAUGUUAUUGAAAUAUUGCCAAGAGAGCGAUUGCAAGGACUCUAUCAAUUGACCAAGCUUAAUGUGUCGCAUAAUAAUCUCAGAGAUUUAGAGGAUUUCUCACAGGAUUUGAGUAUGCUUGCCACACUCGAUUUAUCGUAUAAUCAAUUGACUAAAAUUGAUCAACAGACAUUUGAUUUUUUGGUGAGCUUAAAGCAACUUUUUCUCACCGCUAAUCGUCUUACAACUAUACCAAUUGAAUCGUUUAAACCAUUGAGAAAACUAGAAUUGCUUGAUAUUAAAAGAAAUUUAUUCGAGACGAUACCAUUGAAAGCAUUAAAACCAUUAGAGACACACAUAAAACAUUUGUGGAUUGCAGAAAAUCCAAUUCAUUGUUCAUGUGAAUCACAAGAGCUAUGGGAGUGGUUGCAUGACCACUUAAAGUGGAAUCUCUUACAAGAGCCAUUGUCAAGUGGAAGUCGAUUGAAUUGCAAUCAACCAGACAAUUUGAAAGGAAAAGAUUUUCUGAAAAUGGAACCACAGGACUUUUGUGACGCACCAUUGAUAAUGAAAUUAGCCAUUCAAGAUAUUCAACCUUACUCGGUGCUCGUAUCAUGGCAGAGUCGAGAUCAUUCGGGAUUAAGUGGAUAUCAAGUGAUUUAUCAAUCUCUUGAGGUUCAUGAUGAGGUUAAACCAAUGUUUCUUAAUCGCUCAUCAAAUUCAGCACGCCUUAUAGGACUAGCAUCAAACACACUGUAUCUAAUAUGUGUUCUGGGUGUUGGUAAUUGGUUGACAUAUCAGAACGAUUACAAUAAUAGUGAAAGUGCAGCAAAUAAUUUUAUAACAAGCCUAACAAAUUCACAUAAUGAAGUCUAUUCUACAUUGCCCGUGAGAGGACUACUUACAGAAUCAAUGACAGCUAGAUGUACACAAGUUCGUACAUUGUACACAUUAAGUAGUGUCAUGGCAAUGGAUCCAUCGACAACAGCAGGAUUCUUUCAUGCGCUAUUAACACGUCGCUUGGGACUCAUCGUUGGCUGUGCUCUUGGUAUUUUUGUCUUCAUUGUUCUCAUCUCUGUUCUCGGAUGGCUAAAAAUUAAGAAGCGAAGAAUCGAGCAAGCAAAACGACAGCAAAUGCCACAAGAGUUUGUAUCUUAUCAUUCAUAUACAAUAUCCCAAGAUGAGCAAGCACAUUGCAAUAAUAAUAGUAGUACACAAAAUUCACAUCAUCAAAAUCACAUCGUAAAAGAUACCUCGAAAGAUUCACUCUUGAAUAAUUUGGCAAAUUGUCAGCAUCAUCAUAUGCAUAACUCUCAUGGGCAUCCAAAUUAUAUUUCGGGUACUGUUAUGGGAACGACAACUAUUCCAAUGUAAAAUAUUUCAUACAAUCUGUUUUUAUAUGCUAUCUUCAUUUUUUUGUAAAAGUAAAUGAGUAAAUAGUGACGAUGACGUGAAGUGUUCUUUAAAACUAGAUGGAAGUUGGCAUUAAAACGCAGUUAAGAUCAUUUUGUAUUCGAACGGUUAAAUUUGUUUUGAAUUUUACAAAAGUAAUCAUAGUUGCAAGCCCC